UCACAAACCAUACAGCAAGCCCAUUUAAGCUCCUCUGACCCAUGGAACUCCUGGGCCCCGCCAAGCCACGAUGGCCGUGGCGCCACUGUCUGGCCGGGCUGCUGUUUCAGCUGCUGGUGGCUGUGUGUUUCUUCUCCUACCUGCGUGUGUACCGAGAUGAUGCCACUGGGUCCCUCAUGGCAGUGAAACCUGUCACUGGGGCUCCCAAUAGGUCCCACUGCCAGGACAGCACGGGGACCCCCGCCCGCCCCACCCUCCUGAUCCUGCUGUGGACGUGGCCUUUUAACAUACCCGUGGCUCUGUCCCGCUGCUCAGAGAUGGUGCCCGGCACGGCUGACUGCCACAUCACUGCCAACCGCCAGGUGUACCCACAGGCAGACGCGGUCAUCGUGCACCACUGGGACAUUAUGCAAAACCCCAGGGCCCGGCUCCCGCCCCGCACCAGGCCUCCGGGGCAGCGCUGGGUCUGGUUCAGCAUGGAGUCCCCCAGCCACUGCUGGAAACUGCAAGCCCUGGACGGAUACUUCAACCUCACCAUGUCCUACCGCCGCGACUCCGACAUCUUCACACCCUACGGCUGGCUGGAGCCGUGGUCCGGCCAGCCUGCCCACCCACCGCUCAACCUCUCGGCCAAGACCCAGCUGGUGGCCUGGGCGGUGUCCAACUGGAAUCCACAGUCCGCCAGGGUGCGCUACUACCAGACCCUGCAGGCGCAUCUCAAGGUGGACGUGUACGGGCGCUCCCACAAGCCGCUGCCCCAGGGGACCAUGAUGGAGACGCUGUCCCAGUACAAGUUCUACCUGGCCUUCGAGAACUCCUUGCACCCCGACUACAUCACCGAGAAGCUGUGGAAGAACGCCAUGGGGGCCUGGGCCGUGCCCGUGGUGCUGGGCCCCAGCAGGAGCAACUACGAGAAGUUCCUGCCGCCCGACACCUUCAUCCACGUGGACGACUUCCAGAGCCCCAAGGACCUGGCCCAGUACCUGCAGGCGCUGGACAAGGACCACGCCCGCUACCUGCGCUACUUUCGCUGGCGGGAGACGCUGCGGCCUGGCUUCUUCAGCUGGGCACGGUGUUUCUGCCAGGCCUGCUGGAAGCUGCAGCAGGAACCCAGGUACCAGACGGUGCGCAGCAUAGCCGCUUGGUUCACCUGAGAGGCCGGCGUGGGGCCUGGGCUGCCGGGGACCGCGCUUUCCCCGGGCCUCACUGAGCGGGACCUCACCCACCUAGGGACUCACUAGUCUGGGGAUUUACCUACCUG